AUGCCAGCUAAAUCGUAUGUGUCGAGUCCCUUAGUGGAAGAUUCGAGACUGCUGGUACCAAAACCUGUCUUGAGCAGACCAUAUACGUUGUUCCUCUUUCCACUAUAUGCAACGUUUGCACAUUUAUACUUUCAACAAUAUGAUACUUACAUCAAGGGUCCUGAAUGGACGGUUGUGUACUUGGGAGCAAUUGUCUCCUUGAAUGUUUUACUGAUGUUGAUGCCAGCGUGGAAUAUCAGAAUUAAAGCUGGAUUCAAUUAUACUACUGCCGGUGACUUAGAUGAGGCUACGCAUAUUUUGAUUCGGACAACCUCGAACAAUGGUGCUGAUGAUAUUGUGGAAAUCAAAAGAGUCAAGGAGGAAGGUGUGCUACAAAUUUUCUUUGAGUUCCAAAAGAAGAGGUUUUUGUGGGAUGUGAAAGAGGAACUAUUCUCUUCUCCAAAAUUUACAAUUGACGAAUCUCCCAAGAUUGGUGACUUCUUGAAUGCUAAAGGAAAUUCUGGUGAUCUGACCCAUUUGAGAAGGUUAUAUGGUGACAAUUCAUUCGACGUGCCCAUUCCAACCUUUCUUGAAUUAUUCAAGGAACAUGCUGUUGCUCCUUUGUUUGUCUUUCAAGUCUUUUGCGUGGCCUUAUGGUUAAUGGAUGAAUUUUGGUAUUAUGCCCUAUUCAAUUUAUUCAUGGUCGUUUCUAUGGAAUGUGCAUCUGUUUUCCAAAGAUUAACAACUUUGAAGGAAUUCAGAACAAUGGGUAUUAAGCCAUAUACUCUUAAAACGUUUAGAAAUGGUAAAUGGAUCGAUCUCGAUAGUGACAAGCUGUUACCUAUGGAUAUUGUUUCCAUUACAAGAACUGCAGAAGAUAGUGCUAUUCCGUGCGACUUAGUUUUGAUCGAUGGGACUUGUAUCGUUAACGAAGCAAUGCUUUCUGGUGAAUCAACUCCAUUACUUAAAGAAUCUAUCAGAUUACGUCCAAAAGAGGACUACUUACAACUCGAUGGUGUCGACAAGAAUUCCAUUUUACAUGGUGGUACAAAAGCCUUACAAGUAAGCCCUCCGGAGGCUCACUCACAUUUGCCAAGUCCACCUGAUGGUGGUGCUAUUGCUGUGGUAACAAAGACUGGCUUUGAAACUUCUCAAGGUUCUUUGGUCCGUGUUAUGAUCUUUUCCGCUGAAAGAGUGUCUGUUGAUAAUAAGGAAGCUUUAUUCUUCAUUUUAUUUUUAUUAAUUUUUGCUAUCAUCGCCUCCUGGUACGUUUGGGUUGAAGGUACAAAAAUGGGAAGAAUCCAAUCCAAAUUAAUACUUGAUUGUGUAUUGAUCAUCACAUCUGUUGUCCCACCUGAGUUACCAAUGGAACUAACCAUGGCUGUUAAUACUUCUCUAGGGGCCUUAGCUAAGUUUUAUGUUUAUUGUACAGAGCCAUUUAGGAUUCCAUUUGCUGGAAGAAUUGAUGUCUGUUGUUUCGAUAAGACGGGUACUCUAACAGGUGAAGAUUUGGUAUUUGAAGGUUUGGCAGGGUUAUCAUCCGAUAAAGAAGAUAUCCAUCACAUGUUUAUCGCUAAAGAUUCUCCAGCGCAAACAACUUUAGUGAUUGGUGCAGCACAUGCUUUAGUUAAACUAGACGAUGGUGAAAUUGUCGGAGAUCCUAUGGAAAAGGCAACGUUGAAAGCUCUUGAAUGGAAAGUUGAACACAAAGAUUUUGUUUCAAAAGCAGGUGUUGGUAAGGUUCACAUUUUGCGCCGUUUCCAGUUUUCAUCUGCUCUGAAGAGAUCUUCUUCUGUAGCUAGCCACCAGGAUAAUAUUUAUGCCGCUGUUAAAGGUGCACCUGAGACAAUCCGUGAAAGAUUGACAAAUGUUCCAGAAAACUAUGAUGCAAUUUAUAAGACCUUCACUCGUUCAGGCUCAAGAGUUCUUGCCGUUGCUUCAAAAUCUAUGCCUCACUUGAAUAAAAAACAAAUUGAAGAUAUUAAGCGUGAAGAUAUCGAAUGUGAUUUGAAUUUUGAUGGUUUCUUGAUUUUCCACUGUCCAUUAAAAGAUGAUGCCAUUGAAACUUUAAAAAUGUUGAAUGAAUCCGCUCAUCGUUCCAUUAUGAUUACAGGUGAUAAUCCAUUGACCGCCGUUCAUGUCGCUAAAGAAGUCAAGAUUGUUGAAAGAGAAACGUUGAUACUAGAUUAUCCUGAAAAAUCUGAUGGAAGCGAUGAAUUGGUUUUUCAUAAUGUUGAAGAUACUAUUUUAGUUUCUUUCGGAAGUAAAACAAAGAUAAGUGAAAUCUUCGAUAAGUAUGAUAUUGCUGUUACGGGUCACGCUCUCAACGCAAUCAAAGAUGAGGAUCAGUUGAGAAAUUUGAUUCGUCACACCUGGAUAUAUGCUCGUGUUUCUCCAGCUCAAAAAGAAUUUUUGCUGAAUACUUUAAAGGAUAUGGGUUAUAGUACUUUAAUGUGUGGUGACGGUACGAACGAUGUUGGUGCCUUGAAACAGGCCCAUGUUGGUGUUGCGCUAUUAAACGGAACUGAAGAUAGUUUGAAGAAAAUGGCCGAGAAUCGUAGAGAUGAAAAUAUGAAAAGUAUGUACUUGAAGCAAUGUAGCUUUUUUGAAAAGUGGAACCAGCCACAACCACCUGUUCCUGCUGCAAUUGCUCAUUUAUUCCCACCAGGUCCAAAGAAUCCUCAUUAUUUAACCGCUUUGGAGAAAAAUGGUACAAGUAUAACACCCGAAAUUAGAAAAAUGGUCACUGAAGCCAACUCGAAACCAGCGGUACCGUUAAAAAUGGAUGAUUCCAAGAAUUCCUCUGCGCAAAGCGGUAACGAUCUCGCAUCAAUGCUAAUGAACUCUGCUGGUGACUCACAAGAUGAGGAGGCUCCAACGUUAAAACUGGGUGAUGCGUCUUGUGCUGCUCCUUUUACAUCCAAGCUAGCCAAUGUUUCUGCGGUAACUAAUAUCAUUCGUCAAGGUCGUUGUGCAUUAGUGAAUACGAUUCAAAUGUACAAAAUCUUAGCUCUGAACUGUUUGAUUAGCGCUUACUCCUUAUCUGUUAUUUACCUUGCUGGUGUGAAGUUUGGUGAUGGUCAAGCCACUGUAUCAGGUUUAUUGUUAUCUGUUUGUUUCUUGAGUAUUUCUCGUGGUAAACCGUUAGAAAAACUAUCAAAACAAAGACCACAGGCUGGAAUUUUCAAUAUGUAUAUUAUGGGAUCCAUUUUAUCCCAGUUUGCCGUUCACAUUGGAACUUUGGUGUACAUCACAAGUGAAAUAUACAGGUUGGAACCAAGAGAGCCAAGUGUUGAUCUUGAAAAAACUUUCCAACCUUCUCUAUUGAAUACAGGUAUCUUUAUUGUUCAAUUGGUGCAACAAGUCUCGACUUUUGCCGUUAACUAUCAAGGUGAGCCUUUUAGAGAAAACAUCAGAAACAAUAAAGGUAUGUACUGGGGUAUCAUUGGUGUUACUUGUUUAGCCUUAGCUGGUGCGACCGAAUUUGUACCUGAACUAAAUGAAGCAAUGAAAUUUGUUCCAAUGGAUGAUGAAUUCAAAUUCAAAUUGACUGUUACCUUGAUGGUUGAUUUCUUUGGUAGUUGGGCUGUUGAAAAUGUUUUCAAGUUUUUCUUUAUGGAUGCUAAACCCUCUGAUAUAGCUGAGCGUACUAUUAGCAUUGGUUAG